GAGCACAAAAGAAGAGAGAGAUAGUUGGGAAUAGAGAGAGAGAGAGAAAGGGGGAGGCAUAGGGGGACUAGAGGAGCACAGAGAAGAAGAACAAGAUAAGCGAAAGCUAGGAUCUUUUUUAUUGCUCCGAGUGGAAGAUCUUUGAGACUAUUGAAAAUCGUUUAUCCGAUUGCUUUUUCUUUCUUUAAGCUUCGGUACUUGAAAAUUCCUUUGACCGUGAUUCUGUUUUUCCGGUGAAUUAUGAUUAGUUUGCUGUGAUGAGAGAUGAGAUUAGUUAUCUGGGUGUAGCUGAUUUGUUAAGAAGAAAUCAAAGCAGAGAUGGAUAGGAACAGAGAAGCCAGAAGGACAACCAUGACUGCCUCAAAUGGCUUGCCAAGACGUAGACACAGAAGUAAUAGUCUUAGAGACUCCCCAGAGGAGGACGGACCAGUAGAGUUACAAGAGACGGCGAGGCUAAGAGAUCGAGGAGGGAGCGGGAAGAAAGAUCGAGAUCGCGAUCGGGAUCGAGAGCGAGACCGUGAACGCGAAAGAGAGAGGGAUAGAGAUCGGUUGAGCCGGAGCAAAAGGAGGAGAGGUGAUAGGUUGAUGCACGGAAGCAACAGAGAAGAUGGAGGAGAUGAUAGUUCGGAGGAGAGUGUGAAUGAUGAAGAAGAAGAUGAAGACGACGACGGAGGAGGUGGUGGAGGUGGAGGUGGAGGCGGUGCAUCCGUAAGGAUGCUUCCUCCGCCGAACCCAUCAGUGUCGUUGUCUUCUUCUUCAUCCUCUAUGUUGAAUCAUCACCGGAAGAGCUUCCCACCGGCGAAAAGUUUUAGAGCAGCGCCGGCGUGGAAGGCCGCCGAUGAGAUGAUUGGUGUGCCGGUGCCCCGAAAAGCACGGUCAGUUUCAACGAAGAGGUCGCAUGAAUGGGCUUCGAGUGUUGUUGGAGAGCCAAUUCACCGACAGGCUUCGACGUCUCCGGUGAGACCCAGCCUUUCGUCUAUGGCGGCGGCUGCGGUUUCUCCAUCUCCGGCCUCACCUUCUUCUUCAAAUCCUUCUUUGAUGAGGAAGAAGCUGAAGCCCAACGGACCCAAACUCAGACCGACGAAGACAUCGUCGAAGCCGUCUUCAUCGGCUCAGGACGAGAUCGAGAUAGAGAUCGCCGAGGUGUUGUACGAGAUGAUGAGGCAGCCUCAGGGACCUUCCAAGCAAGAAAUUCUGGCCACCGAUUCAAUUAAGUUUGAAUCCAGAGAAGCUAACAAAUCCACAAGUGAUGCGAAAUCCAGAGUUUCAUCUCCGAUCUCAAACUCGCCGUCGGCACUUCCUCUGUCAUCCCAACAAGCUCUGCCUCAGAAUUCUAGCUCUUCUGUCACUCCUUUGUCCGCUACCGCUACUGCACCCAAGAGGAAAAGACCGCGACCCGUGAAGUAUGAAGAUGACAAUCCUUCAAUUUUCAACGCUCAGAACAGUCCCCUUUCGUCUUCUGCUAAGCUCCUUCCUGAUCAGCCAGCAGAAAUUGAGACUUCUUCACCUAUUCUGGAGAAGAACUCGGGAUCUGCAGCUGAAAAUGGCGGAGUUGCAUAUGAUUUGGCGCAAUCUCAUGCCGUACCGGCAUCGACGACGGAGGCCCAGCCGGAGUCAAUUAAGGCAGAGGGUAACAACGUCGUGUCAGAUUCGAAGCUUGUCUCUGAAAAGUCUGAGAGUCAGGAUUUGAGAAUGAGCAAAGAAGAAUCUCAAUCGCCCAAGAAGGAUUCUCCUGAGCUUAGAUUGGAUGAUAAUCGUGAGGAUACGACGACGAAUAAAGCGCAUAUAUCAGUCACCGAAAUUGAAAUCCAGCGAGAAGAAAAAUUCCAGAUAGAUCUGAUGGCUCCUCCUCCGUUGAGAUCUUCUCCAGAAAGAGACGGUGAAAUUGAUUUUGUGGCUGUAGAUGCUAAACCUAUGGUCAUAGAUACAGAAACGGAAAUAAAGCCUAUCAUAAAAGGAGGAGAUGCAAAGACAGUGAAAAUUGGUAAGGAAGAUAAUGCAAAUGUGGAAAUUGAAAAGUCAAAGAUUACGGUAGCAGAAGAAGCUGAACCUAAGAAGCCAACAGUUGUUAAGGAAAGGAAUAUUGAUCUCCAGCUUGAUUUGGAGAAGACUGAUAGAGAUAGUGGCGCUGCUGGUGUGAGUGGGAACAAGCUACAACAACAGCAAGUUCCAAAGCCGCAGCAGCAGCAGCAGCAACAGCAACAACAACAACAGCAGCAGCAUUCGCAGCAUAACACAGAGAAAAAUGCCCAAUCGAGCUCUCUACCUUUGCCAAUGUCAAUGGCUGGCUGGCCUGGUGCUCUUCAUACUAUGCGCAGUUAUAUGGCGCCUUUACAAGGAGUUGUAUCCAUGGACGGGAGCACCGUUGCUUCUGCUGCUAUACAACCACCGCCUUAUCUUUUUAACCAACCUCGGCCGAAGAGGUGCGCAACUCAUUGCUACGUUGCAAGGAAUAUAUGCUAUCAUCAACAAAUUGCAAGGAUGAAUUCUUUCUGGCCUGCAGCCGCUGGAUCUGGACCUCUAUAUGGUGCCAAGCCCUGCAAUCUCAAUGUUUUGCCUUCCACAGAAAUGCAUGGCAAUAUUCCAGGUGGGGGGGUGAAUUCAACACAUGAGAAGGGGCAGGGUCUUGCUAUAUUUCCUGGUCAUGCUGGCAAAGACAAAGGCUCCCAAGCUGCAAAUAUCGUGGAUGCCCAGAGAAAGCAAAUUUUACUUCAGCAAGCUCUACCCCCUGGUGCACCCAGUAAUAUCCUGCAUGGACCCGCUUUCAUCUUCCCUCUGAGCCAGCAACAGGCUGCUGCUGCUGCUUCUGUCCGGCCUGGGCCUGUGAAGUCUCCUCCAACUGCCGGAAAUGUAGCACCUUCAAGCACGCCUAAUUCUACAACAGUUAGUGCUGUGGCAACUCCAGGUGCUGCAACUCCGCCAAUGAGUUUUAACUACCCAAAUAUGCCUACCGAAACUCCGUAUUUGGCAAUUCUGCAAAAUAAUGCAGCAUAUCCAUUUCCGCUACCUGCACAUGUGGGAGCACCACCGGCUUAUAGAGGAACCCAUGCUCAGAUGCCCUUCUUUAAUGGAUCAUUCUAUUCUUCCCAAAUGCUUCAUCCUUCACAAAUUCAACAGCAGCAACCACCAAACCACUCGCAGCAAAGCCAACAAGGUCAUCAAAAUACUACCAUUUCCAGUGGUUCCUCAUCUUCCCAGAAGCAUUUGCAGAAUCAACAGCAGAGAGCACAUGCUAGUGGCAUGAACGGUGGCAGUGGAAGCUUGCAAGGCUUUCCAGCCUCAAAAGGCCAGUCUUCUCAGCCACUACAACAACUACAGCAGCGACAACAGCAACAGAACCAACAUGUUUCUCAUCAAGCUCGGCAACUCGAGUCCGAGAUUGGUGGUGAAGAUAGCCCAUCAACGGCUGAUAGUCAAGUGUCACGAGCAAGCAUGAGCAUGUAUGGUCAAAAUUUUCCAAUGCAAUGUCCACCAAACUUUGCCUUAAUGACCCCUCCUGUAUCAUUCAGUGGUGCCAAUGGUCCUACUGGUGCAAGUGGCAGUAAUAGUGAAAAGAAACAACAGCAACAACAGCAGCAGAGCGCUAAGGGUGGAGUUGAAGCAUCUCAAGCUUUUGCCAUGUCUUUUGCUAACGUAAAUGGAGCCACUACUGCUCCUGGCCUUGACAUUGCAUCCAUUGCACAGCAUCAAGCAAUUCUCCAGAGUGUUCCAGAUGUUAGGCAAGGCUACCAUUUUAUGGCUGCGGCUUCAGUUGCUCAGGCAGCACAGCAGAAGAAGAAUUACCGAGUGCCUGAGGAUGGGAAAACUGGAUGUGAUUCUUCCAAUAUGGAAGAGGAAAGAAAGGCCAUGGCGGGGAAGGCUUCAUCAACUGUAGGGCAGUCAAUUGCUUUCUCAAGGCCAGAUUUGUCUGAUACACCUGGCAGCAAUGUGAUUGAUAGCUCUGCCCGAACUCUUAACCUUGGCUCCAAUCCAUCUCGGGCUUCCAGUUCUGUUGUGCCUGGUGUCAUUGGCAAUGCAAAUGCUCCAAAUUCUCAGCAACAAAUCCAGCGGCUUCUGCAACAGCAACAGCAGAUGAAUCAGCUUCAGAAGCAGCAACAGCAAUUUGCAGCUGCUGCUCGAACCAAAACACCAGCAACAAGUAAUGGCAGUGUUUACACUGAUCACCUUCCUUCUACUUCGAUGGCUGCAAAGUUUCCUAAUGCUCUAUCUUCAUUUCCUCCAAACCUUGCACAAAGUAACAGCAGUCCAAGUCAACCUCCUCAGUGGAAGAACUCUGUGAGGACAAGCACUUCCCAAGUUCCACCUCCAUCUAUGGCCUCAUCAAACUCAUCCUCCCUUAAAAAUCUUUCUCAACAGCAAGGUCGCAUGCAGCAAAGCCACACUCAAAUAUCUUUUGCAGCCAAUCCAAAAGGGUCAACACAACCUCAAGGACUACAACCCACAAGCAAUAACCAGUCUCCAUCUCCACCUAUAAUGGUUGGCUCACCCACAACAUCAAUGUCAAAGAGUGCUGGUGGAAGCCCGAGGACAACUACUUCUUCAACAGGAAACAAAGCUAGCCAAGCUUCUUCAUUGUCGGCUCAGCAGGCUAAGAACUCGCCAACAAUUGGCAACCUGAAAUCAUCUCCUGUUGGUGGAAGGAAUGUGCCAUCAAUCCUUGGCAACCCCCAUAUCACCUCUUCUUCAAGCGCUGGAACCAAGCCUCAGCAGCAGCAACAGUUGUCUAAGCAAUCUGUGCAGCAAGCCCAGUUAAUUUUCUCAAAUGCAUACAUGCAACCUCAAACUUCGCAUUCUAAUAGUAAUACCUCCAAUGCAUCAGCCAUGAGUGGGUAUUAUAAUCAAAGACGUCGGAAUGAUCAACAGCCACAACAGUCGCAGCAACCGCAAAACUCAUCAACUACGUCGUCCAGCGGAAUGUUGUCGCUGUGCCCUCCCAUCACGCAUUCUAACACUAGCACCUCCGACCCCGCCAAGGCUGCUGCUGCUGCAGCAGCAGCCGCAGCUGCUGCAUCUGGCAAUAUAAAAGGUGCAUUGCCCUCACAAGCUUUAAUCCAUCCUGCUCAAUUUGCUGCUUCACAGUCUGGGAAUCCACAUCAGCUUAUGCCUUUCCCUUAUGUUCAUGCUGCUGUUCCAACUGCAGUUCAGGUGAAACCAGCUGAGCAGAAACAACCUGCUGGUGAGUAGAAUCCAUGUCAUAUUAGUGCUUUACAUUGCAACCCCCCAUACACAGUUAAAAAAAAAAAAAUAAAAAAAAAUCUUGAAAGAUUUGAGAAAAUAGUUUUUGAGUGGGGGUUGUCAAUUUAUGAACGGAAGGGGUGGUUUGUUGCCCAAGAAAAUGACAAUUUGCAUAACCUCUGGCAGCCUGAGAAGAAGAUGGAAGGUCCAAACAUUUGGAGGAAAGCACGACCAAGAGAGGCUAGUCGAAGUUGAACCCACAAUUUUGGGGUUAGCCAAGUGGGUGGGGGAGUAAAUUAUCCUUUGGAAUGUGCUUGGAAGUGUAUUCGUUUCUGUACACACUUUGUGUUUAUAAAAUCUGACCGGGUUGAUAGUGAAAAGUCUUGAUUAAAUUUCAUUGGUUUCAUGGGGAGAUGUGGUGGUGGGCGAUGCUAAAUGUUUAUCAAUGUUUUUGCCAGGCAAAGUUAUGGAAUAGUUGCAUGGCCUCACAUUUUGAGGGUCCAAAAAUUUUUCAUAUUUAUUUUGUAAUUUUUUUUUUUAUUAUAUAUUACAUCUACAUAAACUUCCUUUUAGAAAUGUUAAAGACUUCUACUAAAUGUGAAGAUUAUGGUGAAUGAAUGUGAAGAUAUACAUUGACAAAUAUUUUCUCA